AGCGUGUCUGUCAUAUGAGCCCAGUCAGAGAAAAAAGCGCACAGAGCUGAACAUCCAAUGGGUCAAUCUCAGCGACUUUAUGCACUGUCUGGAUUCUGUCCGCGGCCGCAGCUUCUAAUUCUCAAGGACUGAAUCUUUUUUUAAACACACAUUUGGCAGCAAAAAGUUUUUGGGAGUGUUUCCUUCUUUAAGUUAACUUGUGCGCAGACGCAGCGAUGACAGCCGAGUUUAUUUCCCUGCUACGAAGUUGCUGAGACCCGCAUCCUGCUACAUCCGAUCCGGUUUUGCCUUUUUGAAAGAUAAGAGGAGAUACAGGAUGAAUUCAUUCAUAGCCUUGUUAGUCGGAUUGGUCGGGGUUUUGGCCAAUAAAGAGGAGUGUUUCUCUGGUCAGUACAUGACCAGCGGAGAGUGCUGCCUGCAGUGCCAGCCCGGAGAGGGAGUCAUCAAAGCAUGCGGAGUCACUCAGACUGUCUGCGCCCCCUGCCUGGACAGUGAAACGUUCUCAGAAAACUUCAGUCACACAGACAGAUGUCAGCCCUGCACAGUGUGCACAGGUCUGCUCCGCAUGAAGGCGCCCUGCACCGAUUCUAACGACGCCGACUGUGUGUGUAACUACGGCUACUAUCUGAGUCAAAUCUCACAGCGCUGUGAACCUUGCACAAAAUGUCCUGAAGGCCAGGGCAUGCUGUUCAGCUGUGACUACGCCCACGACACAACGUGUGAGGAGUGCAUCGGGGAAACAUACUCGGACCAGGAGAGUUCUCGGGAGCCCUGCAUCCCCUGCACCACAUGUGAUGAAGGAGAACUGUUACAAGGCUGCACCUCUGUCACUGAUACAGUCUGCCAAGUUAACUACCCAUCAGUGUUUCCUUCCAUACCCUUCAAUGGUUCCCCCAUGCCUCCCUUUGAUGAACUUCCCCCAGACGGACCCCCAGAGGGACCUCCACCAGACGGAGCCUCUACAGAGAGCACCACUACCACUACCACUACCGGUGACUCCCAGGAGCGGAUUUACCAGGGUCUCAACAACAAACUCAUCCCCAUCUACUGCUCCAUCCUGGCAGCGGUCGUGGUUGGCCUUGUGGCCUUCAUCAUUUUCAAGAGAUGGAACAGCUGCAAACAGAACAAACAAGGCGCCAACAACUGCACCGCCAACCAGAACCAGACCCCGUCACCGGAGGGAGAGAAGCUGCACAGUGACAGCGGCAUUUCUGUGGACAGCCAGAGUCUGCAGGAGCAGCUGGCCCAGACUCAGGCACAGACAGUUGUCACGAUGGAUGAAGAGCCGUGUUUGCUUCUUCCCCUCCACACCAGAGAGAAAGUGGAGAAGCUGCUGUUCAAUGGCAGCGAAGGAGACGAUUGCAACCACAUGGAUGACAGCGACUGGUGCAACCUGGCGGGCCUCCUGGGAUACGAGGAGGAGCGGAUCGCCACCUUCGGGCAAGAAGAGCAUCCAGUCCGCGCGCUGCUGUCCGACUGGGCGAGCAAGGACUCUGCCAGCAUCGAUGCCCUGUGCACGGCGCUGCGCAAGAUCAACCGCGACGACAUUGCUCAGAGCCUGGUGCUGAGCCCGAGCGUAACAAAGCCCACCGCCACUUCUGUAGUGUAAUUCUAGCUUAAUGUUAAUGUUCAGUCAAACAAUACAACAGGAAAAUGCUAGAUAUUAGACUGAAUGAAUUAAUAUAAAUGCAAAAGAAGCCAAGUCACUUACCCUCAUACCACUCAACCUUAUGAUCAUUCAUUUUUCAAAUGAGAACUUAAAAUGAGGAAGGAAAUAGUCUUUAAUCAUUCCAUUUUUAACUCACUUCCAUGACAUCCAGCUUACCUUUUCUGACCUUUAAAAAAACAAGGAACAUGAUUGGGCUUUGAGCUGAAGAUGUGGUGGAUAUUUGUCUCUUUUAUCUUAAUUUCAUUGUUUGAGUCUUAAUUCUUCAUUCUUGAAUUUUGUCAGUGUCUCCUUUUCUAGUCGUGUUAAAAACACAGUCUUUUAUCCCUCAUUCUUUCUUUGAGAUCCUAUGCCAUGAUCCAUACCAAAGAGGACUACAUUUCUCGAAGACCUUACCUGUCAAGCCACAUUAUUUACAUGCCAUGCUAGACUUCUUUGAAUUGAACAUGUCAAAUGGCUCGUGUCUGUUACUGUUACCCGAUGAGGCCUGCAUACCACAAAGUAUCUGGAACUUUACAAAUAUGUCAACUUGAGGAAGGACGCUUGAACUGGUUUGAUAUGAGACUGUUCUCCUUCAGCACAAAUGAAAGCCAAGUCAAGCUAUUUACUCUUAUUUUAAAAAACCUACGUUUGAUUGAAGACAUUGAGCUGAAGCACACGUGGUAUUAAUCCCAAACUUUGGAUCUGCCAAAGUGAUUUCUGGAGCGUUCUUUUUUCAGACAACUUAUAAGAAGUGAUGGCUGGACUCUGAGAAAGUUCAUAGGCAGAGGCAACAUGAGAGCAUAUUGUAUCUUGCCUAUCUGCAUAACACAGGAGCCCCCCUACAGACCCCUUAUUCGGACCAAAAGGGAAGGGACUCAUGUUAUCCAGUAACAACUAUGUAAAGUGUUUGUAUAUAGGCACACAAAUGAAAACAUACUGUAUAUACACAUAGGUAACCAUGCAUGCAUUUACUGUACAAAUACAAACACACACACACACAUGCACGCACAGAUCAUGUACACAUUUACAUUCUUGUUUAUGUAGAAGUGGUACAAAACUUCCGUCUGCCAUAUACUGUAUAGAAAGCUCUCACAAGGGGACCGUAUACUGUGUACUCUCAUUAUUAAGUAGCCAUAUAAGGAACUUAAGUGUCUUUAAAAUCAAUGCCGAAAUCAAUAUAAUGUUCUGUAUAUUUCUGUAGAAUUGAGAUACUACUUUAACAGUAAACUGCAUGCAGAAACAAACAACUUGCUUUCAGCCAGGGCACAAAUUCCAACAAAAGCAACUUGCUCAAACAGAAUAAUCAGGAUGCAAAACAAAAUUCUAUCGUCUUUGUGCUUAACUUCUCAGGGUAUCUUGCAUGGUUGUGUUACAACGCCAUUAUGACAACUACUUUUAGAAUUUCUGUGAUUAAGUCCACAAUCUGUAGUUGUUCAAAGAAGACUAUGUCUGUCUAUGCAGCGACUGACAAUCCUUCAAACAGGUGGAUAAGACAGGGGAUCAGGCCAAAAAGAAAAGAAAAAAGGGUGUCUUGUUUCUCCAUUGUUUGCAACAAUGACCUCUGGAUAAAAGGCAAGUCAGGGGAGACACAAGUCAAAGGAUGUGGGAUGAAUCCAGACAGUGAGAGCGGAAAAGUUUUAGAUUACAAAAAUGUGAACGAAACCCCAAGAAUCAGCAUUUGCAUUAAUCAGCUUGUUUCAGUGCAGGCAUGCAUUUUUCUCGUAGUGGACAUUUUUGCUUGUUGCCACCAUCUUUUCGGACAAAAUCUGUCAAAGCAGUCUGGCUGCCAACUGAGGCUCUUUAGCACAUUUAUUUUGGAGGAAAAUUUUGAAGGAGCAUCUAGUUUACUAUGUUUCCUACAACACCUUCUUUACCUGUUCCUCUCAGGUGAAGACUGUACAUUGUUACUAACAUGUAGCACACUGAGCUUCAUGCUGAAGUGUUACUUUAAAUGAAGGUAUUCUUGCUCAUAAGGGUAAUUGUAUUUAAAUGCCCAAAUAACAACUGUAAAUGGUAUUAUAUUUCUCCUAUUGUUCUAGAUUGUAGCACUUAAAUGUGUCAUUAUGUAUGCCUGUUUUGCAUCACAAGUGCCUGGGAGCUACUUCAGGUGUUCGCUGAUGUCAUACAUUUUUAUUUUAAGAUGUUUGUUGUUAUUAUACACUGUUAAGUUUUUGUUUUGUACUUGUAAAUAAUUAUUAAUUUUCUAGUUUAUUUGAGUGAAAGCCCAGAAGGCGCUACCGUACAAUAUCUUUGUGAAUGGGAAACUUCUACAGUGUCAACGCUGUGUGAAAACAUAUAAGAAGGGCUAAAGAAAGGGAGGUGCCUUUAUAGUGCAAUCAACAGAUGAAUCGCCAUUAGGUGUGUUUUUUUUUAAUGUUUAUGAAGAUGGGGCAUAAAUAAGAACACAGACUUGUUUUGUUUUUUUAAAAUUAAUUUCAAAUUUAAAGUUCCAAAUGUCCAUUUGAAAAAACUCGCCUGCCAUUUAAAUCAGCCAGAAAUAAAAUUGUAUGAUAUGUGCCCUGUA